AUGCCUGACAGGAACACCUUCUCCUGGAAUGCGGUGAUAACUGGCUUGGCUGGUGCUGGGGAUCUUGACACUGCGGGCGAGCUGCUUGAAGAAAUGCCCGUGAAGGAUGCUGUGGCUUGCCACGCUGUCUUGCAUAGGUUUGUUCGCUGUGGCCGAGUGGAUGAGGCAUUUGCUCUGCUCAAGGGGAUAGGUUUGCAGCGCAAUUCCGAUGUGAUCUCGCCAUGUAAUGACCCCUUUGUGCUUACCACAGUGGUUGGCGCUUGUGCUGAUCGGAUGAAGUAUGAGAUUGGGAGGCAAGCUCACGCCCGGUUGGUGGUUGCCAAGACAGAAAUCGAUUCGGUAUUGGCUUGCGCAUUGAUUGACAUGUAUUGCAAGUGUGGGGAUUUGGACUCUGCUCGCCUUGUUCUUGAUAGAUUAAAACAUGUGGAUGAAUUUUCACUGUCCGCACUGGUCUAUGGCUAUGCAUCUUGUGGACAGUUGCACAAGGCGUUAUUAUUUUUUGACAAGGUGGAGAACCCCAGCGUUGCUCUAUGGAAUUCUCUUAUCAGUGGCUGUGUCCCUGCCUAUCAUGGAGAUAGUGCUUUUGUUCUUUUUGUCAGGAUGUUGCGGUCAGACAUGUUGCCUAAUUCUUCAAUUUAUGCCAUUCUUCUGAAUAUGUGUGGCUUUUUAGGCAUGCUGAAGCCUGGGCAGCAGACGCAUGCUUGUGCAUUAAAGAGUGGAGCUGUCAAUGACUUGAUAGCAGCAAGUGCUCUCAUUGACUUCUACUCGAAAUGCAGCCGCUGGGCAGAUGCCUGCCAAGCUUUCGGUGAACUUAGGCAUCAAAAGAUGGUGCAUCAGUAG